AUGAGCUCAGCAGUCUGCACCACCACCAGCGGCCCUCCUUGCUGCCUGCCCCCAUCCUCUCCCCCACUCAGCAGCAUCAUCAUUCCCCCUUCCGCCCCUCCCCCUGUCCCCACACCCCCUCCCCCUUCCAUCCCCCCAACCCCCCCAGCAGCAGCAGAAACUCCCGCCCCUGCCAUUCCCCCUGCCCAUGCACCCCCUGCUCCCGCAAUCCCCCCUGCCCCUACCCCCGCCACUCCCCCCACUCCCGCCCCUCCCCCUCCCCCUCCUCCCGCUACCCCUACUUCCGCCAUUUUUCUCUGUCUUCUCUUCUUCUGCCGCUGCCCGUCGCUGCUAUACGGAUCAUAG